UCUCUUUCUCUCUCCAGUCUGUCUCUGCAUCUUCUCCACUUUCUUUCUCUCAAACAAUGGCAGAAGCAGAAGAUCUUCCACCAUUACAGAAGAUCUCAAUCUCCGGACCCACAUUAACAUCAAUAAUCCAACGGUUCUCAUCAUCACCAGGAGAUGUAGAUGGUUUAUUAUACGGACACAUCACAUCUUCAUCACCACUUCUAGAAGACGAUGUAGUUCUUGCCGAAUCGUCAUCUUCAGCUCGCUCUUCUUCCGAUUCGUCUUCUUCAACAUCCAUCGCUACAAUCACUGGUUUCUUCUGUUCUGGUACUGUUUUAAGCUUUUAUAACUCACUGGGUCAACUCAAUCUCCCCGUUUUACAAUCAUUACUCAGUAAUAACCAGAAUCAGAAUCAGACCUUGAUCGGUUGGUUUGUAGGUAGACGGAGAACUUGUCUCAGACCGUCAAUGAGAGAAUUCUCAGUUUGUAAAUCGUUAGCUACCAAAAAUGCCCUUACGAAAUUGUUUAAUUUACCGCCUGUUUUCAUGAUUUUUACUACUCCGGUGACUGAUCAGACUAUACAUACGCAUGAUUAUCAAGCGUUUCAGUUUCGGAGGGGCAAAUUCGAGGCGAAGACGGUGGAUGUUGUGAAUAUUGGACCUGCAUUUCGUGGGCAUUAUAAUGAUUUUGAGCCGAAUUCGGUGUUUCCAUUAUUGCCGUGUGUGUUUAAAGGUGAUGGGAUAGAAAUUGGAGGUGGUGAUGGUGAGAAGAGUAAAGGGAGUUUGAGUGAGUUGAAGGAAAGAGAGAAAGGGCAGAAGAAAUUGGAUAAUGUUGUUCAAGGGUUUGAGGUUGGGAGAUUGAGUAAGUUAAUGGGUUCACAAGCGAUGAAUUAUACUCAGGAGUUGGAGGCUUUGUAUGAGGCAAUGUUGAUGAAGCUUGAAGGGUUGGCGCGGGUUGUUGAGAAGAGUAAUGAGAAGGUUAUCGAGCAGGAACUCCGGAUUGGGAAAAUGAGGAACAAAUUCGCGGGGCUGGAAUGAUUUGUUCAUACUUCAAGAGAUCUUUUUGGGCUGUCAGGAAGGAACAGCGUAAAUCCACUCUCCAGGGCUGGUAAAGGUCUGAAAACACAAGGCGGUUUUCAGUGAAAACAUUGUGUGUUCACCUUUACCAGCUUUUGUGCUAAAAUUGCAAGAGAUGAUUGCGGUAAGAGAUGUGGAUGGUAUCUUCUCAUUUUGUAAUCCGUAAGUUCUUGUUUAGUUUUUUGGCAAAUUGCAAGUCUAGAUUGUCAGUCUAUGUAUUCUUUUGUGGAUUCCAUUUUUAUCCACCCUAUGGGGACAUGUAGGCUGCACUUUUCUAUCCCGGGCGAAGCGAAAGCGAAAAACGAACAUGGAUAGAGAAACAGCUUGUAAUUUGAUCAUUUUGCGUGUAUCCUGUUUUGCAUGUGUCACUUCGGUUAUGAAUUCCCAGAUUUUUUCUUCCUCAUCGCUGUACAUGCAAGAUCUAUAGAAUGGGAUACUCGAAUGUUGUAAUCAUGUUCGUUAAAGAAUAAAAUUCAAGAACACUCAUUUUGUUA